CGAAUUCAUAAUCAUUACUGGUCGAGACGAAGAACUAGAAAAAAUGAGCAAAAAAGAUUAUAAUGAAAAUAGCUACGAAGCUGAAGGCAAAGACGCUUCUUCAGACGAUGAAGAGCACAAGCCUAGACCAAUCUUGCAACAUGCAGACCAAAUGCCUCGUCCUCAAUAUACUGAUGAAGAAUUAGACCGUCUAGUCGAUUAUAUUCAACGUAUGACUACAUUGUUUGCUUUGGAUCACCGCGAUUGGGCAGAGGAAAAUCUGGAUAUCAUUCGACGAUGGCUAAUGGAAGUGGAUCAACCAUUGUUAACCAUUUUUUAUGAUGCUAACAAGCUGAGCGCUUGUUUAGGUUUCCCCGUAGCGCCCGUUUCUGAUCUCACUUAUUUCUAUCGGGAACCAAAUUUUAUCUUUUCAGUUGGAAAUUUUCAUGACGAAAUAAAUAUUGGUACAUUGCAUGAAGAUGUGGACGGAUGUUUACUGAAAGUCCUACAAUUAGUCUUUGCGCCAAUUCUUCGGAAUUCCGAUUGGAACGAUAACGUUAAAUCGCGAUUCUGCAAAGCAAUGGAUAAAUUUCUCGGUUAUCUCACUAGCUUAAAUUCGAAAAUGGCAGGCAUGACAGUGCUUUAUGUACCGCAUGUAGUAAAACAAAUCGCUAAAGGCAAUGCCACACAAGAUCGAGAGUUUCUAAAAAAUAUGGAAGCGGUAGUUGUGUUUUGGACUAAUCAAAUACGUACUUUGCUUACGGACAAGACGCUAGUAGUGCAACAUGACUUAGUAAUACCAGAGGAGGAGUAUGAAUUUUGGUUAUACAGAUUCGAAGUUUUGCAUGGUCUCAACACCCAAUUAGAUCAGGACGACGUUCAAGAUAUAAUCACUAUUUUGCGAGCUUCACAGUCGGUCUAUAUAAAGCAGAUCGAUGAAUUGAUAAGUGAAUGCCGCCAGGAAAUGGAAGAGGCUAAGUCAAACAUCAAGUAUUUGUACCUGCUGAUCGAGCCAUGUGCCCAAAUCGAUAAAGCGGAGAGCCCAUCAUCUGUGCCUGCUUUAUUGCCACGCAUUAUCAACUUUAUUGUCUACAUAUGGUUGAAAUCGCCUUUUUAUAAUCGCAAAGACCUAAUCACGAACCUUUUUCGUAAUCUUAGUAACCAAAUUAUACGCUUUUGCGUAAAACAGACUAAUGUUGAAAAGAUUUUGGAGGGGAAUUCCCGUUUUGGCAUUAAAAUGUGCAAUAUGUCUAUUGAUUGUUGUUUAUCCUAUAAAGCAAUCUAUGAACGCAUGGCCAAGGAGCACGCCCGCAAAUUUGAAUGGGAUUUAGAUAAUGCCAUGAUUUUUAAUCAUGUUGACGCUUUCGCGGAGCGCUUAAACGAUCUGAUCGACAUAUGCGAAUCAAUGAUUGUUUUCGCACGCUUGGAUGAGAACGAAGCCAUACCAGUGCCACGUUUCGGUGGCACCAAUGGUAAAGAAUUCGAAAAAAUAGCUGAGAGCGUCGAAAAGCAGUUCAUGCAGAUAUUGGAAUCAAUGAGAAAUGAUUGUAAAGAUCUUAUUUUGGAUGUUCAUAAGAACUCGUGGUACGAGGAAGUUUUGAAGUAUAGGCACACAGUCCGUAGUUUAGAAGAAACUGUACAGCGUUUAAUGUCGAAUGCUUUUCAGAAGGUAUGCAAUGUUGAAGAAGCAGUUGAAGUUCUGAAUGUUACACUGUUCUAUUCGUAUCGUGCAACGAUACGCAAGUCUUAUUUGGAAAUGGUUAGCGAAAUGUGGAUGAUGUUUGUGUCUGAAAUCAAUGCUACGGUAAAAGCUCAGAUGGAUCGUGUUAAAGUUCAUGAAUCGUGGUUAAGUUAUUAUGCGUCCCGCGCAAUAAACUAUCGCAUUAAUCUAGAGCGUUUGCAAUGGUUAAGAGAUCGUUUGAAAAAUUCUUACUGGUUGCCUUCAGUCCCAGAAGCCAAGGGGGCUUUGGACAGAUUUGAAUCUCUAAAAAGAGAUUUUGAAAAGGAAAUUCAAAAAGCCUUUGAUGACUGGGUACGUAAAUGCAGUAGCAGCACUUUGAUGAAUCGUUUAGAUCGCACACUGUUGACAAGGAGCAAAGUGAAGCGCGGUCUUCUUGAAUGCAACAUAGACCGUUCGAUUUUGACAAUAUGUCAGCAAGCAGAACAAUUUGAACAACUUGGUUUCCUAAUAGGAGGGCACUUGAAAAGAAUUUACGAGAGAUAUCCGACCUUAAAAUUCGUGUACAAUAGCGUUGUGACUGUUUGCGUAGAUUAUAAUCGCAUUUUAUCCGUUCUGUCCGACGACGAGCGUAAACUGUUUCAGGCUUUGAUACACGCCUGCGAUCGGAAAAUAGCUCCAGGGCUAUUUAAGCUCACGUGGGGUGGAGAAAUGAGCGAUGCAUAUAUUGCCGAUUGUGCUAAACAUACUCGCAAGCUGCAAGAUUCGUUGGAUAUAUAUAAGAGAGCUAAUCGCCAUAUAGCUCGUAUAUGCGAGAAGAUAUGUGAUACACCCCUACUAAAGUUUGGUUUGUCUGGUCCGGCUGAGUUGCCCUCGUUUGACAUGAACGUAGCGGCUUUUAACCGUAGGGCGACAAAUCAACUUGUGAAUUUAUAUAAUUCCGUUAUCGCUUUGUUGUUUGCCGUGUUCAAAGAAUUUCAACCAGUUAUUGAUGAGAUGGCAACUGAAUGGUAUAAUUAUGUCACUCAAUUCGACGAGAUGUUGGCAGAAGCUCUACUCAUUUGUUCGCGCAGUUCCCUGUCAGUUGUAUAUAACUCCUUAUGUUCUGUAGGCGAUAUUCAUCCGGCUCCUUUGAUCAUAAUGAAUGUCAACAUCGAGAACCGCAUUAUAUCCUUACAACCAUCCAUGGAUGAGAUCGCGAACGUUAUGCUAAGUAUGCACGCACGUGUUGCUAAGAGCAUUGGGGCCAUGCCACGUAUUUCAACCAAGUUAGGAUUACCGAAAGAAUUGCAGGGAGAACCCUUUUCUCAAGUGAUGGCAAUGGAUCCUGAGAUAAUAGAGCUGCAAGACCAAAUAAACUUAGAAGUUGACUACAAUAGGGAGGAAAUUGAUAACUUUGUAUUGUCAUGGAAACCACAAUCUUUCAUAUGGGAACGCACAGAAGGCGAAUACAUUGAUAAAAUCGAGGGAACAAACCAGGCGGCAAAGGUUUUUGAUGAAAGCAUCGAAUUAAUGAGCACACAAGCGGAACGGAUCUCAAUAAGAGAGACGGUAAUCAAUGUCUAUUUCAUCAUGGUAAAUCAGAGUAAACUGAAGCAAACUCUGAUGGAUUUUAUAGAGCAAUGGCAACUAUUAAAUAUUAAACUGUUAACAAAACGGGCAACGUCACGACUUAAAAAGGUUUAUCGUUAUAUGCGGCGUAAUGAGCAACGUAUUUGCAUAAUGCCCCGCAACCUGAAGGAAGCCAAAGAAGCCUCAAGCUUGUUAAACCGUCUCAUGGAAGAGGUUCCAAUACAACAGGGUGAAUUCCCAUCGAUUUUAGAGCUUUUUGAAGUCCUGGAUAAAUAUCAAGUCGAAGUGGCUCAUCCGGCGAGAAAUUUGUUAAAUAAUCUUACGCCUGCUUGGGAGAACUAUUUAAAAAAAUUGGGCGAUGCCGACGAAAUGCUAUUCAGUACUAAAGAGGAGUUUAAAAAGAAUUUGCAAAAACAGGCGGAAAAAUUCCGCAAUGUGAUGAAUCAUUUUUAUUCAGAUUUUAUGCUUAAAUUACCCACUUCCUCUCAAACAAAUCCGAAAAUUGCUAUCAAAUAUUUAAGAGUUGUCAAUGAAAAAGUGGAGGAAUGCUUCAAAUUCGAAGAGAGCCUAAUAAAUGAUUUAGCUAUUUUUAGUAUAAAUCUCGGGGAGAAUGCGGAUUUACGCAAGUUAUUAGUGGAACUAAAAAUUGUAAGAGACAUUUGGGAACUAAUAUUGGAAUGGCAGGAUAAUUGGAACGAGUGGCGUACGGGAAAUUUCUGGCAAAUCAAUAUUGAUUUAAUGGAAGAUACUGCCCUCGGCCUUUACAAAGAAUUUAACACACUUUUUAAAAAAUACUAUAGUCGCAAUUGGGAUAUGUUGAUUCAAACCACUAAAACGCUCGAUUCCUUCAGGAGAACGUUACCGUUAAUUACUGCUUUGAAAAAUCCGAGCAUGCGCAAAAGGCAUUGGGACAAAGUUCGUCAGGCGGUGCAAGUAGAUUUUGACGAGAACUCGAAAAAAUUUACGUUGGAGCUAAUUAUAGAGCUGGACUUCCAAUACUAUUCGGAGGAAAUCCAAGAUAUAUCAAACGCUGCAACCAUGGAAUUGCUGAUUGAGAAUAAUAUCAAGAAUAUAGCCAGCGUAUGGCGAAAGCAAAGCUUUGAAAUGGUGUUUUAUCGUGAUGGCAUAUAUCGUAUCAAAAGCGUUGACGAAUGUACACAAUUGCUUGAAGAACAUAUGGUCCAAAUAUCGGCGAUGAAAGCUACGCGGUUUGUCGAGCCGUUUAUAACAGUCGUGGAUAAUUGGGAGAAAACUUUGUCAUACAUUUCCGAGACACUGGAAACUGCUUUAGUAGUCCAACGUCAGUGGUUAUAUUUGGAGAACAUUUUCGCUGGUGAAGAUAUUCGUAAACAAUUGCCAAACGAAGCUAAACGUUUCGCGGCCAUUACGGACGAGCUUCGCACCAUAAUGGCCAAAAUGUAUGCGGCUAAAACGGCUGUACGUGCUACCCAUUUAAGAACUCCACCCUUUCUCUUGGCACGUUUUCACAAAAUGGACGAGCGGUUAGAGUCCAUACAAAGAGCUCUUGAAGUAUACUUGGAACGCAAACGUCAAUUAUUUCCGCGAUUCUAUUUCAUUUCAAACGAUGACCUUUUGGAAAUUCUAGGCAACAAUAAACGACCAGAUUUAGUACAAGUACAUUUGAAAAAGCUCUUUGACGGUUUGACGAAAUUAGAAUUAAAGAACGCGGGAAAAACUCUUAAUCGCUGGCAAGCCUCUGGUAUGUACGCCGAAGACGGUGAAUACGUAGAAUUUUUAAAUGUUCUAUAUGUGGAAGGUCCAUCAGAGAAAUGGCUAAGCAUAGUGGAGGAGUACAUGUUCGCUGUAUUAAGAGAAUUAUUAAAAUUAACACGAGCAGCUUUGAAGAAAAUGGCUGCCAAUCGCGAGAAAUGGCUUUCACAGUGGCCCGGUCAACUAGUAAACACUACUAGUCUAAUACAAUGGACUACCGAAUGCACCCGAAGUUUAAUCCAUUGUAAAAUGGUGGAUCAAAAAAAACCAUUGCGUAAACUAAAACGUAAACAGAGUAAAAUUUUGGGUAAACUUUCAGAAAUGAGUCGAAAAGAUCUAUCGCGGAUUAUGCGUCUUAAAGUCAAUACCUUGAUUACUGUCGAAAUUCAUGGUCGAGAUGUGAUAGAACGUAUGUAUAAAAAUAAUUGCAAAGAUGUCGGACAUUUUGAAUGGUUUUCACAACUACGAUUUUAUUGGCAUCGUGAAACAGAAACAAGUGUCGUCCGCCAAACUAAUACGGAGCAUUGGUAUGGCUACGAGUAUUUAGGAAAUUCAGGCCGUUUGGUCAUAACUCCUCUUACAGAUAGGUGCUACAUAACUCUGACUACUGCUUUACAUUUGUAUCGUGGAGGUAGCCCCAAAGGUCCGGCAGGCACAGGAAAAACUGAAACAGUUAAAGAUUUGGGCAAAGCUUUGGGUAUUUGGGUAAUUGUUACUAACUGCUCGGAAGGCUUAGACUACAAAAGUAUAGGUAAAAAUUUUUCCGGUUUGGCUCAAACGGGUUCUUGGGGUUGUUUUGAUGAAUUUAACCGCAUCAAUAUUGAAGUGUUAUCCGUAGUGGCUCAACAGAUACUCUCGAUUAUGUCGGCAUUGACAGCUAAACUUACUCAAUUCACCUUUGAAGGACAAGUUAUCAAAUUGCGGCACACCGUCGGCCUCUUUAUUACUAUGAACCCGGGUUACGCGGGCCGCACUGAAUUGCCAGAUAAUUUAAAAUCAAUGUUUCGGCCAAUAUCAAUGAUGGUGCCAGACAAUGCUAUUAUCGCUGAGAAUACUUUAUAUUCGGAUGGUUUUAUGAACACGGGUAGCUUGGCCCGCAAAGUUUUUACCUUAUAUGAAUUGGCUAAACAACAAUUGUCUAAGCAAUUUCACUAUGAUUUUGGCUUAAGAUCUAUGGUAGCCUUGCUACGUUAUGCUGGUAGGAAAAGACGCCAGCUUGCCAAUGCCACCGAAGAAGAGGUCGUCUAUUUGGCUAUGCGUGAUAUGAAUGUGGCACGCCUGACGGCGAAUGAUUUGCCUUUGUUUAAUGGAAUUAUGUCCGAUAUAUUCCCAGGUGUCGGGGUCCCGUCUAUUGAUUACAGUGACUUUAAAAUAGCUAUAGAAGAUGAAUUCAAAGGUAACGGCUUGCAGCCAAUACCUAUAGCGGUGAAAAAGGUGAUCGAAUUGUACGAGACUAAGAAUUCAAGACACUCUUCCAUGAUUAUUGGUGACACUAACACAGCAAAAUCAGUGACUUGGAAAUGUUUACAAGGUGCAUUCAUACGUAUGAAUAAUAAUAAGAAACCCGGUUGGCUGGCUGUGGCGGUGCAUCCUAUAAAUCCAAAGGCUCUCAAUUUGGCUGAAUUGUAUGGCGAAUAUAAUUUAGCCACUGGGGAGUGGUUGGAUGGAGUACUCAGUUGUAUUAUGCGAGUAAUUUGUGCUGACGAAGAUCCUACCCAAAAAUGGUUGUUGUUCGAUGGACCGGUUGAUGCCGUUUGGAUAGAAAAUAUGAAUUCUGUAAUGGAUGACAAUAAAAUUUUAACGUUAGUUAAUAGCGAAAGGAUAACUAUGCCUGCUCAAGUCUCGUUGCUUUUUGAAGUAGCUGAUUUGGCUGUCGCUUCACCUGCUACGGUGUCACGUUGUGGUAUGGUGUACAAUGAUUAUCGUGAUUGGGGUUGGCGUCCCUACGUUGAAUCGUGGCUUGAGCGACAAAAACCGCCAGAGUACGUGAAAUAUGUUCGUGCAUUUUUCAACGAGUUCGUGGAUAAGGUACUGAUUUAUAAGCAUCAAAAGUGUAAGGAAGUGGUAAAAGCAAAUGAGCUGAACGUCGUCAUGUCUAUGUGUCUCCUUCUGGAAGGAUUUGCAACCAAGCAGAACGGCAUUGUAGUGGGAAAUGAGGAGCAGUUAGAAACAAUGACUAAAUUGUGGUUCUUAUUUUCAUUAGUUUGGUCAGUUUGUGGUACGGUGGAUGAAGAAAGUCGUUUGCGUUUAGAUGCUUUUUUACGUGAAAUGGAUAGUUCUUUCCCUCUUAAAGACACUGUUUACGACUAUUACGUAGACCCCGGGCAGAGUUGUUUUAUGCCUUGGGAUAGUAAACUUUCUGACAACUGGAAGUACGACGAGAACGAACCCUUUUAUAAGAUCAUAGUGCCAACCGUGGAUACGGUUCGUUAUGAAUAUUUAGUUUCGAAAAUGUUGCAAGAUGGUUAUCCCGUGCUACUUGUGGGUAAUGUAGGUACGGGAAAAACUUCGACUGCUGUUAGUGUCAUGGAAGCUUGUGAUAACACCAAAUACACGGUUCUUUCUAUUAACAUAUCAGCUCAGACUACGGCGGCUGGUUUGCAAGAAUCCAUUGAGAAUCGAACGGAGAAACGAACUAAAACACAUUUUGUACCGAUUGGUGGCAAGCGUAUGAUAUGCUUCAUGGAUGAUUUCAAUAUGCCAGCUAAAGAUACUUAUGGAUCACAACCACCACUUGAGUUAAUAAGGCAAUGGAUCGAUUACAAGUAUUGGUUCAAUCGUCGCAAUCAACAAAAAAUUUAUGUUAUUAAUACACUGGUAAUGGCCGCCAUGGGUCCUCCUGGCGGAGGACGCCAAGAGAUUUCCUCACGUACUAUGAGUCGAUUUUAUCUUCUUAAUCUAACGUUUCCUACCGAGACCGUUAUUAUGCGCAUUUUUGGUAGUAUGCUUAAACAAAAACUGUUAACCUUUUCAAAUGAGAUUCGAGAGAUGUGGCACGGAGUUACCGCAGCCACUAUUAACAUUUAUAACGACGUUAUUGUGCGUAUGCUACCUACUCCUGCGAAGUCCCAUUAUCUAUUUAAUUUGAGAGAUAUAUCAAAAGUUUUCCAAGGAUUAUUACAUAUGUCUCUUGCGUUUAAAGUUUUAAGCAAAAUCGACUAUGAGUUGAUCAUAUACAGCAGUAACGGCAAACCGAAUAUAAAUAUUUUGAAAUCGAUUUAUCACCAAGUGGUCAGAGCCGGCACUCCGAAAGGCAUGUAUCCACAACAUCAUCCCCGAAUUCGUUCCUUCAAAGAUAGAGCUGAAGGCGCAGAUCCUUCUAAAACUAUUUAG